AUGACAACUCAGCUCUUAGCGUCCGAACUCGCUAAUCUCAUCCAGGAGAGCAAGAGGAAGCAUAAUGACCUUCGACAAGCUGCCGAAAAAUCACUGGAGGAGUUGAAGAGCCUCAAGGGAGCACCGAAGCUCAGGCUGUCGCAGUUGAGUCAGCGCGUCAACUUUGUGAAUCCUUUCAUCAUCGCCUGUGGCACGAAAAAUGUCAAGUUCACUGGUAUCGCUAUUCUCAAUCAAGUCCUCGAGGCGCUUCGCGAGGCGACGUCCGCUGGCCUCGAUGUCCAGCUCAAGAUCCUCCAGGCGCUCCCAUCACUAUUGCAGAACUAUGCAAGUGAUGUCAAGGGUGAUAUGCUUGUUACAGCCCUGAAUAUUUGCUUCAUCCUCCAGGCGAGCAAGAAUGCAAUCGUGAACAACACAUCUGCGGCUACUUUACAGCAACUAGUGGUGUCAGUUUUCGACAAGGUUACGGCUGAAGACAAGUCGCCGGGUGAUGCUCCAUUCGUCGGGGAGGCGCCUGUCGCUGAUGGGACUGUACAAGUUCGUACUGCGGCUCUAGAUGCCUUUAGAGUCUUCAACGAUCUAUGCUUAAUGACAGAAAAUCAGCGACCGGAGUAUCUAAGAUUUACAGGCCUCUCCCAGACUUUUGGCCUUGAGCUUAUCGAAUCCGUCCUCACCAAUCAUGCAGCCAUUUUCCUAUCGCACCCGGAGCAAGCUCAGAUCCUCCGUGUCAGAGUGAUGCCUUUCAUCAUUAGUGCUCUCAACCACAAAGCCAAUUUUGCUACUUCAGUUCGCUUAGUCCGCAUCCUCUACACUCUUCUUCGUCGGCAUGUCAACAUCCUGCCUGUUGAGAGUGGCCAAGCACUCGACAUCCUCACCCAGCUUCUUGACCAGGACGCCCCUAUUACGGAAAAGCCCAACAUAAUCGGCCUCAGCCACCAGUCUACUAUCCCAGUGUCCAAUCCUUACUCUUCUACCGCCGGCGAUGUCAUGUUAGAGUCGGGUGGAGUCACGGGCAUGAUUAGCGGUUCUAGCUCGGCCGAUGGAGGAAACACGGGUAUAUCCGUCCAGUGGAGCUCAGUGCGUGUGCCAUUUAUCGAUCAACUUGAUAAGACUGAGCCUCCCCCAAUUCCGGAAUCAUACGUCUAUAACCUUACGCUAGCUUUCAAGAUAUGCGCCGCCAUUAUUGACGAAUGCUGGCCCGCUAUCCUAGCCACUUGCUCAACUUUCCUCAAUGCCGCUCUGGAUUCUGAGUAUUACCAUGGGCUUGUUAGGGCUUUCCAGAAGUUUGCCCAUGUUGCCGGGCUACUUCACCUCAACACCCCUCGAGAUGCGUUCCUGACCACGCUUGGGAAGGCAGCUGUUCCGCCCAACGUUUUCACGGCUUGCUUGAACCUGGGAGGGGCUCGCCCCAGCACGCCAACUGCGCCAGACUCCGCCGGUGGGCUCCUCAGCAAUGCCCGAGGACUUCUCAGUCGAGAGAAUCUUGCUUUACAUCCACAGGCUUCUGAAAAGAAUCGGCAACCGUCGUGGAGCAUUAUCCUUGAAACACUCCAGCAGGCUGAUUUUGUGCUCUUCUCUUCGGGAAAGAUACCUGGGAGAAUUCCUACCGCCAUAAAAGGCCAAGACCCCCAGGCUGAGAAUGAAGCAAAUGCCUUACUCCAAAACUUUGGUGGGGAGAUUCGGGCCGUGGAGACUGCCGCGGCACGCCUUAUUGAGAGCACCGUUGACUUCCCCAACAAGCCAUUUGUUGAAGUAGUUGAAGCUAUCUGUAACCUUUUAGAUAGCGGGCCGCCGGAGACCCCUUCAUCAGCCGCCCACAACUCCACCUCUCCCCCACCCACAGCCAGCACGCUGAAGCCAGGGGCUGGACAGCAUCGUCGGGUAUUGAGUGUUUCGACACCUGCCACUGCAGGUCCAACCCAAGAGGAUAUGCUGGCCCUCUCCAAACUCGGUGAUGUCGCCACAGUCAACAUUGAGAGACUGUUAUCUUACCCGCCCGAUGAAUCGGGAUGGGCUCCUCUCACAACCGAACUUAUCCGGGUGCUCAAUGCGUCUAGCAUGUAUGCCUCGGUGAGAACAAGAGCAGCAGAGAUCCUCAUCCGUCUGGUCCUAGAGUCGGCGAGUGUCGCAGGGUCUCUAGAAGAGGACGACAGGGGCAAAGUCCAACUAAGGCUUCUCGAGGCAGUACGCGAUGCCCUCCGCCCGCUUCAGGCCGAAGACCGCGACGUCUCUGUGGCGCAUCACGGGACCGAUAUCGAAAUUCACAAAAUAAUUCUUGACGGCCUAAAGAGUAUGCUCGAGAACUGCGGUGAUGCCUUGGUCAGCGGUUGGACAAUCGUUUUCGAGAUCAUUGGCUCCAUCUUUGUGUACAGAAAAUUUGGGCUCCCUGAACGCCGUGGGACUCAGGCAGCCGUGCUGAUGACGAGAUCUGCAAAGCUCAUCCGGCCAUCAUUCAACUCCCUUGAACUUAUUUGCUCAGACUUCUUGACCGCGCUUCCGAACUCUUGUUUCCUUAAACUCGUCGACACCUUGUAUGAGUUUUGCACGCAAGAUGACGAUCUGAACAUUGCGUUGACAAACAAGUCUCUUUCGAUCACGUCCGAGUUAAUGCAAGGACGAGAUGCCUCGGACCUAAUAAAGAUGGCAUCUGAUCCGGGUCAGCCCGUAUCAGAUGCGGCGCUAUGGAUGCUUCUACUACUCAGAUUAACCAAAGUCACGACUGAUGACCGCCUAGAGCUAAGAAAUAGUGCAAUUCAAACUCUACUUCGAAUCUUUGAUGCCUAUGGGGAGCGUCUUAGCUCCGAGGCUUGGUCUGUCUGCAUCGAAUCCGUAUUGUUCAAGCUGCUCUCCUCUAUUGAAGAGGAGUUAGAAGCGGCGAGUGGGGAUGAAGCGGACGACCGUAGCCGAGGCGAGUGGAACGACACCGCAGUUGUGGUUCUCAACGGAAUAUCCACCCUCGUUGCCAACUACCUCGAACCCUUGACCCAACACGCGUCAUUUGACUCGCUUUGGAGGGAACUAGUAGACCAUUUCCGUAAGCUUCUCGACUUCGAUAUCCUCGAUAUCAACACAGCUGUGUUCAAUGCCUUGGGGAAAAUCCUUGCACAGACCCGCGCAGAAUCCACCAUUUCAUUCAGCAGGGCUAGCGUCGACCUCUCGUGGGAUCUCUGGAGUCGUCGCAUCCCGGUCUCCGUCGACGAAGAGUCUAAGCAAGAUAACCAAAACACCCUGCUAGCGUACGUCUCGGCACUUCAAGACGUCUACCGGUUGAUUGAGCCGGACUUGACGGUAGAAAGAGCGGAUAUCAUGCUCAAGCUCCUCAGGCAGUCGAUGCAGCAUGCGACAGCAGGAUCCUACGUCGCUGAUAUCGAAUAUAUGACGCCUCUACAAGGCAAGAUUCUUGAGGCUGUUCGAGCCAUUCGAGUAAAUGUUAAAGGAAUGCCGGCGGUCGUUGUCAGCGAGGUGGCAGAAUUCGUGGCAAUGGCUUUCAAGGUAGAUGUCGAUCGGCCGUCCACAACAGCCUCAAAGCGAACAUUUGUGGCGAUGUCUAAGGCGAGCAUGGCAAUUCUCCAGGACCUUAUCCUCAGCAAUUCUGCGGAUGAGGGAAUAUAUAGCCGCGGUUCCUACGUGUCUGCCCUUGGCACUUUAGCAAUACCCAUCACCAUGAAGUACCGCUUCCCAAUCAUCACCAAAUCGGUGCAGCCUUGGAGGCUAGCUACUUCUACGGUGUUGGCCAUACUUGAAGGCACACUUUCGCAGUUAAAGAAUUUUGAACACAUUCCGGAUCAGGUAACUCAAAAUACUUGGCAUGAGAUUGUCAAAAUCUCGAGUGGCAUCGUAAGUGCCGACUGCAAUCGAGCGCCAGACCAGGGUGCGCACAUUGCAGCAGACGAGUCAUUUGACAUCGAGGCCUUCCUCAAACUCCGAGACCUCAUCAUUCCGUCACUAGGAUCCGAGAUCAUUCCGGAUAAGACCCGAAAAGCGUUUGCGGAAAGUCUUUUCCGAACCUCCAUCAUCCACCAGCCCUCGCCAGAGGAGAUUAAACUUCUUUCAAAUAACAGCGGAGAUGCACUCACGACUCUCUUACACCGGUCCCGCCACGGCCGAACGGCAAUACCAGCCGCGGCAAAGCGUGCGCGCAUGAGCUAUGUCUGCCUAGAUGAAUUGUUUUCUCUCAUAUCGACGCACGAUGACCCUGCCACGCCCUCAAUUGUAGUGCAGCCCCCAACUCCAAAGUUCGCUCCUGCACCGUAUCUGAUCCUCAGGUCGGCACUCGUGCUUCGUGCGUACAUCGCAGAUCAGCCUCUUCGGGGGCGUAUGCCGCAACCGCUAUCGCAGCGCAAGGAACUGCUACACAUACUUCACAGGCUAGCCGAACUCAAGUCGGAGAGCGAAGCUAUCCCCGACACACCAAACGCGCGGCCGGCGUUGCAGGAAGGGACCGCUUCCUCUAGCCGCAAAAGAACCGCGGCCGCGGAAGAUGGAGAUGAGAAAAGUCAUUCCUUGUACCGUGCAGUCUACGACGCUCAAAACUCGUUUUCCGAGUUCCAGCUUCCCGGAACGCUGGUGAGGGCGGAGAGCCAGCCGCCGACCAAAGAUAAAGCGGUCAACGACGCCUACGACAAUGUGGGUCGUGUUUUGUCGGUCUAUAAACAGCUGUUCCGCUGGAAUUCUGUCGACAAUCACAACAUGCACAUUAUUAGUACUGUACACUUUGGCGAGAACUACGAGAAUGCAU